CACCUAAGGGGCCUACUUUCAUAUUGUCCAAAACGGGAAAAACAUGGCAAGUGAUAGAGAGAAAUUCUUGAUUAGAAACACUCUAAUUUCGCUCUUAAAAGCUGUGGAAGGAAUGGUAACAACAGUAGAGUUAAGGAAUGAAAACGCUGUCACUGGUCUGAUUCAAAACGUUGAUCCAUUCAUGAAUAUUGUCAUGGAAGAUGUUGUGUUCAAGUCAUACAGAGGAAUUUCUCAUAAUUUUUCAAGCUUUUUUGUCCAAGGAAUGAAUAUCAGAUACGUUCAUAUCCCAGACGAAAUUGACAUGAGAGCAGCGAUUGAUCAAGAAGUGAAUAGAGAGUGGAGAAUGAGAGAUAAAAUGACCCGUGAAAUAAGAGACGCAGCUAAAAAACGAAUUACAAAACGACAGCUGCAGGCAGAUAAGGAGACAACUCUGAGGAGAAGACAAGCAGAACUCGAGGAGAAGAAGAAAAUUAACCAAGAAGAGACUUGAGAAAUAAUUUGACUCUUCUUGUUAACGGUUUGUUUUGAUGCAAAGAUCUUAGAGACAGAAAUUGCGAUUCAAAAUUGGACUCAGGAGAAAUGAAAUCAGGGAUAGUGCAAAGAACCAUUUGUACAAUAAUAUCACAAGAACUGUGUUGCAUAAUACAUAUAAUUUGGUCAAGGGCAAAUAGCAUAUCAUUAACCUGGCUGUUAUUUAACAGUAAUCACUGUCGAGUUAUGCGCUUAUGGUUAAUCCAGUUCACUGUUUGAUGACAAUUUUGAUAAUUAUUCAUUAAUACAAAAUAAAUAUUAAACUCAAAUUGAUUA